AUGGGAAAGAUUAUCUUCUACGAGGAUAGAAACUUUGGUGGCCGUUACCAUGAGUGCAUGAGUGACUGUCCUGACCUCCAUUCGUAUUUUAACCGCUGUCACUCUAUUAGGGUCGAAAGUGGCUACUUUAUGGUCUACGACCGGCCCAACUUCAAGGGCCACCAGUACUUUCUGAAGAGGGGCGACUACCCCGAUUACAUGAGUAUGAUGGAAAUGAGCGAUUGCAUCCGAUCCUGUCGUAUGAUCCCUGUGCAUCGUGGUUCCUUCAGAAUGAGGCUGUAUGAACGUUCUGACAUGGGUGGCCGGAUGAUGGAGCUCAUGGAUGAUUGCCCCAACCUCAUGGACCGAUUCCACAUGUCUGACUUCCAGUCCUGCCAUGUAAUGGAUGGUCAUUGGCUUAUGUAUGAGCAGCCCAACUACACAGGCAGGCACUUCUAUCUGAGACCUGGCGAGUACAAGAGGUACAGCGAUUGGGGUGGAAUGAGUUCCAGGAUGGGCUCCAUCAGACGGGUAAUGGAUCUCUAA